CAAUCUCGGCUUCUAGAGAUUGGCAGUUCAUAUACGAAAAAUAUUAAUUUCAUACCUCAGCAGUGACGUUAACAGAGCCACCGGUUAGCUAUCAACAAUUGGCAAUUAAUCACCAUUUUCACCAACGCAUUUGUCAUCUGAAAAAUUCUCUUCUGAUGUCGACCAAAGGAAGAGAUCUUAUCAUCUUUUUGAGUCUGUUUUAUUUCUUCCUUAUUCGACAUAGUCAUUCCGACACAGAUAUAUUGGCACAGGGCCAGAAGCUUAGAGAUGGGGAGCACCUGGUCUCAGCUGAUGAGACAUUCAGGUUGGAAUUUUUCAGUCCAGGCAAGUCAAGAAACCGGUAUGUGGGAAUUCUGUACAACAUAGCUGAUGACAGAGUCGAGUUUGUUGCCAAUAAAAAGGUGGUGUGGGUUGCUAACCGAGACAACCCAAUUGCUGACAACUCUGGUGUUCUUAUGGUUGAUGAAUCUGGCAGGUUGAUCAUUUCACACAGUGGAGGCAGGAAUAUUCUUGUGUCAAAUUUUGUUGAAGCAGCAACAAAGAAUGCUAGCGCCAUGCUGCUGGAUUCAGGCAACUUUGUAUUGAGAGAGCGAUAUUCAGAUGGAUCAUUCAGUGAGCAGGUUUUGUGGCAAAGUUUUGAUUACCCUACAGAUACGAUUUUGCCUGGCAUGAAACUAGGAUUGAAAAUGAAAACUACGCAUAUUUGGUCACUAACUUCAUGGAUAAACGAAAACAGCCCUGCCAAAGGUUCUUUCACCCUCACUAGUGGUUACAACAUGGAUGGUACAAGUCAGUUGGUCAUUUGGUUUGAAGGGAACCUCUACUGGACUAGCGGGAAUUGGCAAAACGGCCAUUUUGAGUUUUUGAGAUUCAAUAGCAGUAUCUAUAAUUUUAGCUGCAUCUCCAAUGAAGAUGAAAGAUAUUUCAUAUAUUCAUCCUAUAAAAAUCGUAGUAUAUCAGGAUUUAUGAUAGAUCCCAUAGGUGAAAUACUAGAGAUAUCAGGGCAGGCACCUUUUGGUGCCGGUGCCGGUGCCGGUGCUUGUUCCAAUAAAUACAGUCCCGGCUGUAUAAAACAACAAUUCCCCGACUGCAGGAAGGCUGAUGAUCGGUUUCAGCGAAGAAAAGGUGCCAUGUCUGGUGAAGGAUACCAGUUUGAUGGAAAUUACAACUCGAGUCUCUUCAAUUGUCAGGUAAAGUGCUUGAAUAAUUGUUCUUGCAUUGCUUAUGCCUACACGGAUUACAACCAAACUAGCUGUACAAUUUGGAUCAAGGGAAUGGAUUUCAAAGAAAGCAAUUAUUCUUAUAGCAGGGAGAUCUAUGUUCUAACACCAGAAAAAGCAAAGCGGUGGAUAUGGCUUGUGGCAUCUGUGACUGGAUUUGUAGCUUUAAUGGUUCUGUACUUACUAUACAAUUUCAUCCAAAGAAAAAGCAGAGAAAAAGGGGAGAGUGAAGCAGAGCAAGAAAUCUUGCUAUAUGAGCUAGAAGCUAGUAGUAGUAGUAGUAGUAGCACAACACAAGCUAUCGAUCCUAGGAAGAGAAAGAAACUCGAAGUUGGCAGGAAGAAGGGUGGAAUGCUACAAUUUUUCAGCUUUGAAAGCAUAUCAACAGCCACAAGCAAUUUUGCAACUUCAAGUAAGCUUGGAGAAGGUGGUUAUGGACCCGUUUAUAAGGGAAUAUUACCUGAUGGUCAAGAAGUUGCAAUAAAGAGGCUCUCUAGAAAUUCUAGACAAGGAGAAGAGGAAUUCAAGAAUGAACUUAUGCUAAUUGCCAAGCUGCAACACACUAAUCUCGUUAGACUGGUUGGGUGCUGCAUUCAAAGAGAGGAGAAGAUGCUGAUAUAUGAGUACAUGUGCAACAAAAGCUUGGAUUUCUUUCUCUUCGAUCCUAUGAAAAAUAAUUUAUUAGAUUGGACAAAACGCUUCAACAUCAUUCAAGGAAUUGCUCAAGGACUUCUUUACCUUCAUCAAUUUUCAAGAUUGAAAAUAGUGCAUAGAGAUCUGAAAGCUAGUAACAUCUUGCUUGAUGCUGAGAUGAAACCAAAGAUAUCUGAUUUUGGCAUGGCUAGAAUAUUUGGGAAAGAUGAAUCUGAAGCAAAGACAAAGAGAGUUGUUGGAACACAUGGCUAUAUGUCUCCCGAGUAUGUAUUGAGGGGAACGUUUUCAGCAAAAUCUGAUGUAUUCAGCUUAGGAGUAUUACUGCUAGAAAUUGUCAGUGGCAAGAGGAAUAACAGUUUCUGUCAUCCUGAAAAAGGGUCAAGCCUUGUAGGAUAUGUAUGGGAAUUGUGGAGAGAAGGAAGAUGUUUAGAGAUUGCAGAUCCAGCAAUAUUGGGCAAUUCCCGUGAUGCAAAGGAAGUUUUGAGGUGCAUUCACGUAGGUCUUCUGUGCGUACAAGACAGUCCAACAGAUAGGCCAUCCAUGUCGGAUGUUGCUUCCAUGCUCACUAAUUAUUCUGUUUCUCUACCUCCACCAAAACAAUCAGCAUUUUACAUCAACAGGACUUUGCCAGAGAGCAAGUUGGAGAAUUUUAAUUCAAAUAACGUAUCAAUUUCAGAUAUGGAAGCCAGAUGAGAUGCCACUGAUUCUUCAUCAACGCAGCCACAAAAAAAGUCUUAAGCAAUUUUAGAACCUGAUAUAUAACUUAUUCGGAUUUGUGUACGUUUGCAAAAGCUUAUUUCAAAUCAUUCUGGGCUUUUGUUAUUUUGGAUUAAAAUGCACGGAUGUUAGGUGAUGA